ACGGUCCGGGGACAGGCAGACACCGUUGAGGGAGACUAUGGAGAGCGGCCAGACGCUGACCAGUGUGGGGUCCGAUGUACACCCCUGUCCAGGGAGUGUGGGCCGGACAGAGACCAGGACCAAUGGCCACAGCCGCCCAGAUGCCGUCAACCGCACUCCCCCAUCAGUGCGGCUGAAGAACUGGGAGAGCGGGAGUUUGCUGUAUGACAUCCUGCACAGACAGGCCCCGCCGGAGUGUCCGUGCUCCGAGACCAGGUGCCUCGGCUCACUGGUCUUCCCCAGGCCGAAUGCACCGCGGCCGUCUGUGGGGGACCAGGAGCGGCUCCGCCAGCAGGCAGCGGAAUUCCUGCACAGCUAUUAUUCCACGACCACAAGGGCUGGGACCGCUGCUCACGAGGAGCGCCGGGCGCAGGUGGAGGCGGAGAUCGGUCGCACCGGCCGCUACCGUUUGACGGCCACUGAGCUCAGCUUCGGGGCAAAGCAGGCGUGGCGCAACGCUGCCCGCUGCGUGGGCCGCGCACACUGGAGCCGCUUACAGAUCUUUGAUGCGCGGGACUGUGCGUCUGUGGAAGAAAUGUUUGAACACAUCUGUAACCACAUCAAGUACUCGACCAACAAGGGCAACAUCAGGUCAGCGAUCACCAUCUUCCCGCCGCGGUGCGAGGGGAAGGGGGAUUUCCGUGUGUGGAACAGUCAGUACAUUCACUACGCUGGCUUCGCCCAGCCCGAUGGCAGCGUGCUGGGGGAUGGGGCCACUGUGGAGAUCACACAGCUGUGCGAGGGGCUGGGUUGGCAGCCGAACAGGGGCCGCUUCACGGUGCUGCCCCUGGUCUUGCAGGUCCCAGGUGGUGAGCCCACCCUUUUCUCCCUCCCACCCGAGCUGGUGCUGGAGGUGGAGUUGGAACACCCGCAGUACGAGUGGUUCGGGGAGCUGGGCCUGCGCUGGUACGGGCUGCCCGCCGUGGCCAACAUGCUGCUGGAGGUGGGAGGGCUGGAGUUCCCCGCCGCCCCCUUCAACGGAUGGUACACCGCCGCCGAGAUCGGAGCUCGUAACCUCGGCGACACCGGCCGCUACGACCUGCUCAAGAGGGGCGGCUGUCCCACCGACUGGGUCUGGGUGCAGCCCCCCAUCUCCGGCAGCCUUACCCCACUCUACCACCAGGAGAUGCUCAACUACAGCCUCACGCCCGCCUUCCGCUACCUGAUGGAUCCGUGGAAGACCCCGGAGUGGCGAGCCCGGGAGGAGAUGUUGGGCAAACGCAGGACCAUCGGCUUCAGGCAGCUCGCCAGGGCGGUGGAGUUCUCCAGCGCGCUGAUGGUGCAGGCGUUGGCCCGCAGGGUGAGGGUGACCAUCUUGUACGCCACCGAGACGGGCCGAGCGCAGACCCUGGCGCAAAAACUCUGCACCCUCUUCAGCACCACCUUCAACCCCAAGGUUCAGCGUAUGGAUGAGUAUGACAUCGCUAACCUGGAGCACGAGACUUUGCUGCUGGUGGUGGCGAGCACUUUCGGCAAUGGAGACCCCCCCGAGAAUGGGGAGGCGUUCGCGGAGCUACUGAUCGCAAUGACACACCCGGACUCGCCCACGUCCCAGAGCAGGAGUUACAAGGCGCGCUUCAACAGCCUGUCUGAGGAUGAUUUCGAGGCGUUCCAGGACUCGGUGUCGGAGAGUGCGGGUCAGCUGAGGACCGGGCCGCUGGCCAGUGUGCGGUUUGGGGUGUUCGGCCUGGGCUCGCGGGCGUACCCCCACUUCUGUGCCUUUGCGCGGGCGGUGGACACGCGGCUGCAGGAGCUGGGCGGCGAGCGGUUGGUGCCCCUGGGCGAGGGCGACGAGCUGUGCGGGCAGGAUGACCUCUUCCGAGACUGGGCACGGACCAGCUUCCAGGCCGCGUGUGAAUCGUUCUGUAUCGAGGGUGCGGUAGAUACGGGCACACGCACGGACACAGACAGCUCUCCGGACACUCCCGGCGGCUGGAGCCCCGACACGUGCCGGAUCUCCGUGGUGGCCGAGGGGCCGGAGCUGGUCAGAGCUUUAUCGCAGCUCCACCGCAGGAAGACGGUGCAGACACGGCUGCUGUCCCGGCGCAACCUACAGGCGCCUGAGUCCGGUCGCCGCACGGUGCUGGUCGGCCUGGCGCUGCCCGAGGGGCUGAGCUACCAGCCCGGGGACCAUGUGGGAAUCCAUCCCGAUAACCCUGAGGACCAGGUACAGCGGCUGCUGCGGCGUUUGGAGAGCCUGCCCCCGCGAAACGACCUGGUGCAGCUGGAGCGGCUGCGGGACGGACCGCAUCCAGGCCGCGGGCGGAGCUGGGUGCCGGAGCCCCGACUGCCCCCAUGCACGGUGAGCCAGGCACUGACCCACCUGCUGGACAUCACUUCCCCCCCGAGCCCGGACCUGCUGCUGCUGCUCGCCUCGCUCAACUCCGACCCUCAGCAACAGCAGCGGCUAAUCACCCUCGGCCAGGGCGUUGUUGAGUACGAGCAGUGGCGCUGGGCCGGCCCGUCGCUGACCGAGGUGCUGGAAGAGUUCUCUGCGACGCGCGUUCCGGCCGCGCUGCUGCUACUCCACCUGCCGCUGCUGCAACCUCGCUACUACUCCGCCAGCAGCUGCCCGUUCACCCACCCCGCAGAGCUGCACCUCACCGUGGCCGUGGUGGAGUACCGGGCCCAGGGAGGCUCGGGCCCACUACGUCACGGAGUCUGCUCCUCCUGGCUCGACCGCAUCAGUCCCGGAGAUCUCGUCUGCUGCUACAUCCGCAGGGCACCCCUGUUUCGGCUGCCGGAUGACCCCCGGGUUCCCUGCGUGCUGGUCGGGCCCGGCACUGGCGUCGCCCCCUUCCGCGGUUUCUGGCAGCAGCGGCUGUUCGAGAUCCAGCACCGAGGGCAAGCCCCGUGCCCCAUGACGCUGGUGUUCGGCUGCCGCCGCUCCGACCAGGACCACAUUUACCGGGAGGAGAUGCUGGAGGCGAGGGACAUGGGGGUCUUCACGGAGAUCUGCACCGCCUACUCCCGCGACCAGAACACCAAGGUCUAUGUGCAGGACGUGUUGAGGGAGCGACUGGCGGAGCAACUCUACCGGUCGCUGCAUACCCUGCGCGGCCAUCUGUACGUAUGCGGAGACGUGACCAUGGCACAGGACGUGUCGCGCGUGGUGCAGGAGAUCCUUGCCGCCCAGGGAGGGCUCAGCCUCGGCCAGGCAGCCGCCUACAUCACCGGGCUCAAGGAGGAGAACCGUUACCACGAGGACAUUUUCGGAGUGACGCUGCGGACCCGCGAGGUCACCACCAGAGUCCGUUCCACUUCCUUCACCCGCUGGCAGGAGGCCAAGGCGGGGGCCGGCUACGUCUAG